AUGGUAACAGGAAUAGCAGAAGAUGUACUUGUGGGAAUCAAGGAUUUGAUCUUUUCGGUUGACUUUUACAUCCUUAAAAUGCCCCCCACAGAAAAUAGAAGCUCAUCCUCCGUUCUACUUGGUAGGCCUUUUCUUAAAACCUCUAAAUUCAAGUUAGAUGCCUUCACUGGCACAUAUUCUUUUGAGGUUAGGGACAAGACUAUCAAGUUCAAUUUAGAAGAAGCCAUGAAACAUCCUCCCGAAGAGCAUUCCGUUCUCCGAUGUGAUGUAAUUGAUGAAGUGGUAGUGGAAGUGCAAGAAGAAGACCAUAACAAGUUGUGCUACCAUGCUAUUGAAGAGACGGAUGAUGAAGAAGGUGAACAUGAGGAAGUUGUUGAGGAUGAAGUCCAUGAGCUUGACGAAAAAGAACCUCAACCUGAGGCAAAGAGUGAAUUGAAGCCUCUUCUAUCUCAUUUGAAGUAUGCUUUCUUAGAGGACAACCAAAAGUUUCCGGUCAUCAUCGCUAGUGAGCUCUCUAGUGAGGAAGAAAAGAAGCUCCUAGAUGUUCUCAGAAAGUACAAGAAAGCAAUUGGUUGGAGCCUAGCCGAUAUUGUGGGGAUUAACCCUCGCAAGUGCAUGCAUCGCAUAUUUCUCCAAGAAGGAUCUAGGCCGGUUAGACAACCGCAAAGGAGGCUCAACCCAACCAUCCUCGAUGUGGUAAAGAAAGAGGUCACUAGGCUACUUGAUGCGGGUAUCAUAUACCCAAUUUCUGAUAGUGAAUGGAUUCACAUUGCUCCUGAGGAUCAGGAAAAGAUGCCAUUUGGACUAUGUAAUGCACCCGCUACUUUUCAGCGGUGCAUGACCAGCGUCUUUUCUGAUCUAAUGGAAAAUUGUCUGGAAGUCUUUACGGAUGACUUUAGUGUUUAUGGUACUUCUUUCAAUUGUUGCUUGGAGAACUUGGCCAAGGUCUUAGCUAGAUGUGUUGAGACCAACCUUGUCUUGAAUUUCGAAAAAUGUCAUUUUAUGGUGAGACAAGGUAUAGUGUUAGGACAUGUAGUAUCUCAUGAAGGAAUUUCUGUAGACACAGCCAAGGUCGAUGUUAUCACCACUUUAUCUCACUCCUCAUCUGUGAGGGAGGUCCGCUCAUUUUUAGGACAUGCAGGAUUCUAUAGGCGCUUUAUCAAGGAUUUCAGCAAGAUUGCUUUACCAUUGUCGCGCCUACUCUAA